GGAAGGCUGUUCCCUCCAAUUCACAAUGCAUCGUCAAUCUGUUACACGGCUUGCUCGCCAGUGCGGGGGUCUUCCGCUGGCCGAAUUGCCUCCUGCCUACCUCGCGCCGUCCCUCCACUUCUCCGUGAUCCGGUCCCCCAUUCAGUGCUCGAACUUCUCCUCGACCGCUGUCGCCGCCGGCCAUGGACGUGAUCUGAGCAAGUCACGCGGUGUGUCUGCAAUCCAUCGUACCGGUCCAAAGUUCAAGUUGGGUGUCUCAAAGUACCCAUUGCCUAAGCCUGUCUCGCCGGAUACUCUCCAGAAACCUCAACUUUCGCCGGAUCAUGGGCUUUGGGCAUUCUUCCCUAGGAGUCGUGCGGUAUUGGCCACGCCUGUAGAGGACAACGCGCAUGGCCGCCCCUGGUCCAUCCAGGAACUCCGUGAAAAGUCCUGGGAGGACCUCCACGCCCUUUGGUGGGUCUGUGUCAAGGAACGUAAUCGCAUAGCCACUGCUUCUCUGGAAAGAGCGCGAUUGAAGGCAGGUUACGGAGAGUAUGAGCUUAAUGAGCGGGAUCGAGCGGUCCGUGUUACCCAAAGGAGUAUCAAGCACGUUCUUCGGGAAAGAUGGUAUGCCUGGGAAGAUGCCCAGAAAUUGUACAACAGCGGCUAUCGGCCACAGGAGGAUGCUGAGGAGAGAUCGAGCACCGCGUGAUGUUCGUCCAAGAGUUGCAGUUCCUCGAAUAUAAUGUAAGGACUUAUGUCUGUGGUCAUUUGUUCUAUGUAUGUAGUAUUAUCACUCUGUGUAUUAGUCCAAUUGUUUUCAUGACUGGUAGGAUUUAGUAAAGGAUGUUUCUUCCUGAAAAGGGAAAUUCUACAUGUCGAUUAGACCACAAUCUUUCGAGUCCAGAUCGUACAUUCAAUUUCAAUAGUUCUGGGGUCGUCUGAUAAGGGGUUAAGUCCAAGGUAUGUAUUAAGUGGCAUCCAUAUACUCCUUAUAAUCCAC